GAGAGAGAGAGAGAGAGAGAGAGAGAGAAGGUAACAAGGCAGUCAGAGCUUGUCACGUCGGUAUGUGAAACUUCACUUUUUUUUUUCGUCUUCUCCUUCUCCUUCUUCUUAGAGAUAUUGACAAAGACAAGUGACAAACUAAAACAAUGCUGUGCUUCGUCUGUGAGGACUUCAAGAGAUGAUGCUUUGAGGGGAAGUUCAAAAUAUAAAAGCAGGGUUUGACAGUGAGAUACUGCACAGAGAUCAAAGUUGAAAUGGCAGAAGGGGGGCUGCUGGAACGUCUCGUCAUCACCGAGGAGGGGGACGAAAUCGACGGUGUCACUGAAAGAAGGGCAGAGAGCAGUUCAGUUGUCACCAUGCAGAGCUGCAGCGGGGAGUCGUCUCUGAAAAAGGAAGAGGAACGCACGGGAGAGGACGAGAAUCAAGAUGAUAUAGUGACUGAAACGUGUUUAAAAGAAGAGGAGCAGAGGCCGGAAAGAAAACAACAAACCAAAGCGGAGGACGAGGUUGUUGCUGUGAGUGAGGAGGACAAACAAGAAGAUGAUAAGCCGGAGGAAACUGAGAACAUUAAUGAUGGACAAAACAGUGGUGACAAUGAGGUUGAAGGGCAAACACAUAAGGGGAUUAAUAAACAACCUGAGGAACACAAAGAGGAUGAUAAGGUUACACAAAGUGACCCUCAAGUGGACACAGAGAGUUUAAAUCCUUCUGAGCAAGAGGCCGAAGGGACAAAAAGCCAAGAAGAGGAUCCAAAUAAGGCUCACCGGUUAACUCCUGACUUCCCGGAGGCGCUGUACGAGCUGCUCUGCACCCUCCAGGAGGGGAGACGGCUCAACGACCAGCGCUGCUCUUUCAGGCUGGAGAGCGGGGUCAGGAGGAGGCGGUGCCACUCCGAGCCCAACACCACCAAACCGACCCACAGAGUCGUCUUUUCAUCUAUGACCUCACUGCAGAAAGAGGAGUUUUUUGACCUGGUGGCCACCUCUCAAGCACGCCGGCUCGAUGACCAGAGGGCGCAGCUCGAAAGGUCUCCGCCGGCAAAGUCAAAAGCCAGAAGUUUCAGAGGCAGCAUAAAGCAACUCUCUUUCGUGAGGAGGCCUACGGCAACACCUGCAUCGGUUCCUGUGCCAGUUCCCGUGCCCAAAGAGGAUCUGUAUAAUAUGAUACUCACAACACAAGCCCAGGGUAGACUGGAGGACCAGCGCAGCAGGGCUCCAGGUCCCAUGGACGAUGAGGACUUCUUCUCCCUGCUUCUGAGGGUCCAAGGGGGACGCAUGGACGAGCAGAGGACUGAACUACCAUGCCUGCUGCAAACCUGAGAAGGGAAAAAAAACAUAAAACUGUUGGGCUACAGCGGAAGCCAUCCAGUAUUGUAGCCUGUUUAGCCUAAUUUCCUGUUAAAACAGGGUUUUUUUUGUUUGUUUCCCCAGAUGAUGCUUUGUUUUAGGGAAUUGCUAUCCUUCUUGAUAGUGUCGGUCAGUGUUAAAGCUGUUGAGAUUGUAGCAAAAACGCUAAUGUUUGAGCAACAGAGCUUUUAAUGUGACUUGAGGGACAUUUCUGAUGAAAUUGUGAAGUUUACUGCUAGUUAAGUACUUUUUUUUUCUCUGUCCUAGUAAAUAGGAUCAGUAGAUAUGCUUUCUUAUUUUGCCAGUUUUUUUUUUUUUUUGAAUGUCUGCGAUGAGUGAUUGAAUGAUUUUGGUGUGUGCUCCCAUUCUUAAUGUGGAGGAGGCAGUCUACUGGUCUCUCUGAUCUAUCCUUAUUUGCACAGUAGACGUUAAACAAGCCACGGAAAGUGUGCAGAUAAUAGCUCCAAGGCCUCACAGUGUUUGACUGUAUAUGGAAAAUUAUCAGCCAGAAAAUAAACAAAACAUGUAUCUGAG